UAUAGUAGCAAUUUUUCUUGGUAUGUAGUAAAUAAAUACUUGUGAUGCUGCAUACCAAACCAAUUAUUCGACGACAAAUAUUUAUGUUCCUAGGUAUCACAUUUCCAGUAGCCCCGAAGGUGGGCCAUUUAGGUAAAGUUACCAUAAACAUUUGAAGAUAAAUUCAUGUCAUAUUUGUUCCCAUAUAAAAAAAAAGAUUCAUGUCAUAUUUGAAGCAAUGUAAAUGCUAUAGGCAAAGUACCAAAGCUCAAAAUAGGUAAAAGUUUUUUUCCCCCACCAAAUUUGAAAAAAGGGAAAAAUAGUAAUUUCACUAAACUCAUUAUAAUACUGUUUAGGUUUUGUCUAGCAAUGUUUGUAAAAAAAAAGUCAUAUAUACAUAUAGUUGUUAAACCAAUAUUUAGAGUAAAGAGUAACUAGAAUUUUACGGGUCAAUAAUACUCGUUUUGGAAGAGGAGGAACUAGCAAUCAUAGCUCCGACUCCUUCCAAUAUUUGAGAAUUUUAUGUUCUGUUUCACUUCAUCAAUAAAUUUCUUUUCACUUUAUCUCUCACCAUGCUACUUCGCUAUUAGUCACUAACUAUUACAAAUUACUUCACUAUUUUUUAUUUUAUUUCCAAUGUUCAUGUAGCAUGUACAUACACAUAUUAUAUCCUCAUACCAAAUACAAAAAAGAAAGAGCAUUGCACCCUAAACUCCACCCCCUUAUUUUGUUAGGUUUACUUUCUGUGUGGGUGGUGGGGGUGGGUUUCAAUUUUCAUGGGACAGUGCUGGGAUUUUUGUUUCAAAGCUGAAUUAGGCAUUGGACAUGAAGUUAUGUACUUGUGUUUCAUUUCACGCAAAAUCACUUUGUGGGCAAUCCUCUCUCUUUUCCUCUGUUCCUUUUCCUUUCCCCUUUGAAAGGCCAACUGAGCAAUGGCUAUUUCUCUCCCUUUCCAACAUUAUUUCGAUUUCUGUUUGACUGACUAGUCUCCUUCACAUUCCAUUUCCGAGUUUCACCAUUAGGCUUCCUCUCAUUAAGUGAAUUGAUUGUGAUUGAUCAAUAUAUAUGUGAUGGAUUUGUAGAAAUCAAUGUAUUUCACAUGAGGAGUUUCCUACAGUAAUACACAAUUUGCUUGUAAGUUGAUAAGAUGGCUCUUCCUAUCCGGAUGAAACUCAUUGGAUAUCGUAUUAGAAUUGCAUACUACAGUGUUUGAAAUCAUAAUUUUUUGAUUCAAAAUUCGACAUCACAAUCACUCAAUUCAAAUACGAACCGGUUAUCUUACAUAAAAUUGAAGGUCAAAUACAAAAACUAGGAUUAAAAUAUUACCCAUUUUCUAAAACCCAAAUUCCAAAGCCAGAGAGAAACCACCCUAAGUAAAUACAAAGCCAUUAAUUGUAAUUUAAGUAAAAUUGCAAGUACCCAGAACAACAUUUAAUUAAACUAGGCAGCCCCAAUUCCCAACACCACCAUUGGACCGUGAAAGUCGAGAUCUUUUUAUAAAAAGUAAAAAACAACAUUCAUCAGAGCCGUGGGCUUCCAUUCCAAACAACAGUAAUUUUCUCAAAUUUUUAACUUUUUACCCCAUCCAUAGUAAAUAAAUGAACCUCCAUUCCAUCACUCUCCCCUUCCUUUUUCCCAUCCCGGCCCCUACCAUAAAACUUGCUUACUUGCAUGUCAUAUUGUCACUCCCAUGGCGAAAGAGAGACAUUUUAUAUAAAGCUGACACAUUUCUUUCCUCCCGCAGCAGCUACCUAGCCGGCCGGUGAUCAGAGCAAUUAGUCACCCAUAAAAAUAAAAAUGGAACUACAAAGCUGGUCGGCGCCGCCGCCGGCCACUAGGCGGAAGAACGGAUGCAGCGGCGGCGACCAUCAUGACGACAAUCAUAGAGCUAGAGGGGCGUCUCCGCGGAACGACGACGUAUCGGAAUGCUGCUGCAGCCCGUCGUGCACGGCGGGGGCGAUAGCCGACUGCGUGGCGCUCUGCUGCUGCCCCCUCGCCGUCGUCAACUUCCUGGCCCUCGCAUUCGUCAGGAUCCCCUGGACGGUGGGGCGGCGCUGCAUUGGGACGAUCCGGCGGAACAGGAAGAAGAAGAAGAAGAAGAAGAAGAGGAAAGGUGCGCUGAUGAUGGAAAUGGUGACGUCAGCCGGCGGCGUCGGGCGGGGUGACUUGGAAGAAGAAGGGAGUAGUGGGAGUGGUGGAAAUGGGGAGGAUGGGGAUGUGAUAUACGUGGUGGAGAGGUCGGACGGCAGCCGGAGCUUGAGGAUGGUCGGGGAUAUUGACGAGGAAGAUGUCGCCGGCGGCGGUGGCGGGGGGCGGCGGAGGAGCGCGAAGUAUGAGGCGGAGAAGGUUUGGUUGGAGCUCUACCAGGUUGGUCAUUUGGGCUUUGGUAGGGUCUCUUUCACUGGAAUCUCCACAACCCUCUCUUGAUUACUUCCACUUACAAUAAUUAUAUGGAUUAACGCUAAUUAAAUUACCAUUAUAUUUUCCCACCCUUUGUAAAUCUUCGUUUUUUGGGCUCAUCUCAGAAUGUGAAAUGGGCUCCUAACGACGUUGGUAGAUGGUAAUUGUGGUUGAUUGAAGAAAAUGCGGUAAGUAAGAGGAAAAUCGCCUAAUUAAUGAAUGAAUGAUGGUUCGUAUUAGUAAUUUUUACUUUACCAUCGGGGAAUUGAUUAGUGCAUGCAAGUGGUUCUCUUCAUGACCUUCAUGUUGAUCACAAAAGUGUAAUAAUACUAAGCAUGGACA